AUGUCUGAUGACGUAUACGUGGCCGCUGCUGGGCCCUUUACCUGUAGGCUGGUGACGCCAGGGUACCUUCCCCCGGAACUGUGGGGCCCACCUCAGCCUGACGGUCUUCCUCCGUGUGUCAACUAUGACGUCAUGCUGCCGGAAGUGACGCGCAUUAGCACCGACCUCACGGACACCCUUGCUGACUUUGGCUUGAGUGACGUUGUGAAUGACAUCGACGAACUGCGUGAUGUUGAUUGUCUUCCACGGAUCGGACCGGUGUCGAUUUCCAGUGGCAAUGUAACAGCCCAACGUUGGACCCGUGCGGGGACUGUGAUCAACCUGGUCUACAACGUCACCGUCGGUGGUAGCGAGACACUUUUUGCUUUCAUUUCCCCGGACUUCGACAACCUGACAGCAAAUGCUACCCUGGAAGGUCCCGUUCAAAGCCUGCAGGGAGUUAUAGAGAGCGUUCCUGGUGAGUACCCCGCUGCCACCGCCGAGGCGCUGCCGGACCUGGUGCAGGACUUCGGGGAUCUCCUCGACAGCUUCAACUGCAGCACAAGCGGUACCAACUGUAACCUGACACGCGGAGAGGAUCCCGUUGUACAGUUAGGUCUAUUGUCGAAAAGCCCGCCAUUGAGUAUGACCCAGAGAAUAUGA